AUGCCGAGAAAAUGUGCAAUUGAAGUGGCACGCAGUGGAGAGACAAGGAGAAAGAUUGUUGACGUCUGUACUGGUUGCGGAGUGAUCGGAUCAAAGGGAUGGUGUCAGAAGUGUCGUUCCAGCAAGUCGAUGGCCAACAUCAAAAUUCCAUAUGCCUGCAAGCUUCUCUUCCAGGAACUUCAAUCCAUGAAUAUCGUACCACGUCUAGAUUUGGCUCGAUACACCGAGUAG